UAAACCAGACCGCGAGAAGAUGAGCAAUGGCAAAAGAAAACAAACCUGGGGAAGAAUUUGACACAGUAUUCAUUCGAAACGACUCUUUAGAUCUUUCCUCCCAUCACGACCAUGACGCUGCUCAAGCUCGAAUAUUUAAGAUAAUAGUCAUUGGUGAUUCAAAUGUGGGGAAGACGUGUUUGACUUACAGAUUCUGCGGAGGCACUUUCCUGAAAAACCCCGAGGCAACUAUCGGGGUGGAUUUCAGGGAGAAGACAGUGGAGCUGGAUGGAGAGAACAUCAAGUUGCAGAUUUGGGAUACAGCAGGUCAGGAGCGAUUCAGGAAGAGCAUGGUGGAGCACUAUUACCGCAGCGUUCAUGCUGUGAUCUUUGUGUAUGAUGUAACCAAUCUCUCCUCCUUUGAGAGCAUCCCAGAGUGGAUAGAGGAGUGCACCCGGCACUCUGUGGGGCCCUUGGUGCCCCGCAUCAUGGUAGGAAACAAGUGCGACCUAAAGGAGCGGCAGGAGGUGCCUACAUCAACUGCCCAGUGUCUUGCAGACAGCUACGACUUCCCCCUGUUUGAGACUUCAGCUAAGGAUCCCAGUGAGAAGGAACAUGUAGAUGCUAUCUUUCUGACUUUAGCUUAUAGACUGAAGAGCCACAAACCUCUAAAACUAAAACAGCCAAGUGAGAGCAACCUCAGGCAGCUGUGGAACCAGAGAGAGCAAGAAACAACAUAUUGCCAGUGCUGAGGUUACCUGCAGCAUGUAUGGUGGACUUAAGAGUGUGUGCGAAGGCUUCAAGAAUAAAAAUCGUGCAGAGAAAUACUCUGAUGUACAAACACUGAAGUUAAGUUUGGUUAAAAGUCAAUUAUAAAGGACAGAAGCUUCCUGUGAUUUUACUAUUUUCUCUGCCUUGAGACACAGCUAGUGAAUAACUGAACCUAGAAGUUUGCAGGCAGUUAAACCUACAUUUCAGUGAAAUGCACGACUUAAUAUGGCAGUAUGCAAAGUAUUUGCACUUAAGUGGAUGAAUGAUUAUAAUUUAUAUGCAAGCAUUGCCCAUCUUGCAGAAUUAUGCAUCAUCUAUACAAAAAAAUACAACAAAUUAAGAGAAAAGUAGUUUUUUUUGUGUGUGUGUAUAAAUGGACCAGAAAAAAAUAAAUCUUAAAACUGUGAAUAAAAUCGCAACCACUUCCUUAAAUGUGUGUUUCAAAAUUACAGUUUGUGAAAUAACUAGAAUAUUUACAGCAUGAGUUAUGGUGCUGUUUCUAGGUUGUUUUGGUUUGUUUUGUUUUGUUUUGUUUUUUUUUGUCAGCUAGUUUGCACAUACAGGUCAUUGAUGAGGGAGCUCAAUCAAAACCGAAUGCACAAGUAACGUAGCUGUGUUUGGGAAGAUAAAUGCAAAUCAACAGCAUUCACUUGAAAAGCAUGAACACAGAAACUCUGGCCUGUAAUAUGAAGAGAGAACAUCACAGAUGACUGAUAAUUGCAUUGCAUGUGUACAGUGAUGCAACAACUUUACAAUAGUAUGGAGAUUUGUGACAAUAUAAAGCUGCAACUCAAUAAAAUAGUUUAUCUGCAUCUUGUGUCCUAAUUUUAGGGGGUUUCUGGUGUUGUUCAGGGUUGAAAGUAAUAUGAGCUGU